AUGACUGUCUCACGCGAAGAUUCCGUUUACCUUGCCAAAUUGGCCGAACAAGCUGAAAGAUAUGAAGAAAUGGUUGAGAAUAUGAAAGCUGUUGCUUCUUCUGGUCAAGAAUUAUCAGUUGAAGAACGUAAUUUGUUAUCAGUUGCCUACAAAAAUGUUAUUGGAGCUCGUCGUGCUUCAUGGAGAAUUGUUUCUUCAAUUGAACAAAAAGAAGAAUCUAAGGGUAACGAAAACCAAGUUGCUUUGAUUAGAGAUUACCGUGCCAAGAUUGAGGCUGAAUUAUCUAAAAUAUGUGAAGAUAUUCUUUCUGUUUUAGACAACCAUUUGAUUUCAUCAGCUCAAACUGGAGAAUCUAAAGUAUUUUACUACAAAAUGAAGGGUGAUUACCACAGAUACUUGGCUGAAUUUGCUGUAGCCGACAAACGUAAAGAAGCUGCUGACUUGUCCUUGGAAGCUUAUAAAGCUGCCUCUGAUGUUGCUGUUACUGAAUUACCACCAACACAUCCAAUCAGAUUGGGUUUGGCUUUGAACUUUUCUGUGUUUUACUAUGAAAUUUUGAACUCUCCUGACAGGGCUUGUCAUUUGGCUAAACAAGCUUUUGACGAUGCUGUUGCCGACUUGGAAACAUUGUCAGAAGACUCAUACAAGGAUUCUACUUUGAUUAUGCAAUUGUUGAGAGAUAACUUGACCUUGUGGACUGAUUUGUCUGAAGCUCCACAAACUGAAGAACAACAACAACAGCAACAGCAACAACAACAAUCUAGUCAACAAGCUCCAGCAUCUUCAGAGGCUAAACCCGAUCAAGAAUAG